CCUGCUGUGUGUAACUGCCCACGCCUUGUUUGGGAAAGUGUUUUAUUACUGUAACACCAGUGGUGUGUCCAACAGGCAGGACUAAAAGAGAAGCCGGACAAAGGAAGCUGUUCCAGACCACGGAGCUGUCCUGAAUACAAGUUCUGAGCACUGGAGACAGCCAAGCAAGAAAGAAUGAAGCUGCCAUUUACCUCUGCCAUAAUCAUCCUUAUGAUCACUGCAGCAAUUUUAGUUCCAGAAAUGAAAGCAGCAAGAGAUGCACAAUGCGAGAUGUACCAGUUACCUGGAUGCUCAAAAGAUUAUGAUCCUUUGUGUGGAACUGAUGGAAAAACCUAUGCCAAUGAGUGCAUGCUAUGUUACUUAACCAAGGGCAAUGUACAGAAAGUGCAGGUCGAGGCAAAAGGAGAAUGUUGAUCCUCCCAAGGAAACCGCACACAUCUAUAUACAUUGGGACUUAAGAUGAUUGCUACAAAUAACUAAGUACAGUAUAGAAAAUAUGCCUUCUUAGUUGCCAUCUUAAAACUAAAAGCAGCAGAUAUAGCUUGUUACAUGUAGCCUGACUUGCUUGUGAGCAAACCUGCCAUCUUCAUUUUGUUAUAUAAUUACUUUCUUUCUAUGACUGAAAUAUUUCUUUUUAGAAAUGACUUGUCUUAAAGCUAUUGCUAUCAGACCAAUGUAACCAUCACCAUAAGGUUUAUAAAGAACAAAUAAAGAAAAAAAAUCCUGGAGAAAUGACAAGUAAAUUGUAGCCUCUU